AUGAGUACUGAGAAUCCGGAUAACGCGCAGCUUGUGGACUAUGAUGAUGAAGAGGACGAAAUCCCCAACGAGCGUCCCAUUCAGGGAGAUGAGAAAGUGGACUCUAUCAAGGCUCAUUAUGCUACAAUGAACAGCAGUAGUUUUAAGGAUUUCUACUUGAAGGAUGAAAUUCUCAAGGCAAUUUCUGAUUGUGGCUUUGAGCAUCCUUCUGAAGUGCAGCACGCUUGCAUUCCCCGUGCUAUUACCAACAAGGACGUCCUCUGCCAGGCAAAGUCUGGAAUGGGUAAGACUGCUGUGUUCGUAAUCUCCACCCUGCAAAUGCUCAAGGACGAUCCUGAGAAUCAAGAUAUUCAGGUGUUGGUUAUUGCUCACACGCGUGAGCUGGCCUUCCAGAUCCAGAAUGAGUAUAAACGAUUCACCAAGUUUAUGCCGAACGUGCGAACCGAAGUCUUCUUUGGAGGAAGAAACAUUCAGGCCGAUCGCGAGGCUCUCAAUACCCACCCUGCUAUCGUCGUAGGAACUCCUGGCCGCGUGGAAGACCUGAUCAAGCGCGGCUGGAUGAAGGUGGACAAGUUGCGCCACUUCGUGGUGGACGAGUGCGAUCACAUCAUCACCUCCAUCAACAUGCGAGCUCAGUUGCAGAGUAUUUUCACCGCCUGCCCGAUCGACAAGCAGGUGAUGAUGUUCACUGCCACGCUUCCUCCCGAGGCGAAGGCGGUGUGUCUGCGAUUUAUGAAGGAUCCUCUGAUGAUCGAGCUGGACGAAUCGGCCCUGACGCUGCACGGUCUGCAGCAGUAUUAUCUGACGAUCUACGAUAAUCAAAAGACCAAGAAGCUGAUGGACCUGCUGGACACUCUGGAAUUCAAUCAAAUUGUCAUUUUUGUCCGGAACAGCGCGCGCGCCAGAGAAUUGUCAAACAUUCUGAACCGCGAUCAGUUCAACAACACCUGCAUCACAGGAGACAUGAGCACGGAGGACCGUCUGGAGCACUACAAGCGGUUCAAGGGCUUCGAUUACCGUAUUCUGGUCUCUACCAACCUAUUCGGCAGAGGAAUUGAUGUGGAUAAGGUCAAUGUGGUAAUCAAUUACGAUUUCCCGGAAACAGCAAACGAGUACCUGCAUCGCGUGGGUCGUGCUGGUCGUUUCGGAACCAAGGGUCUAGCUAUUUCCUUCGUGACCACCGAGGAAGACAAGAAGCGAAUGGAGGAAGUCCAGAUGAAGUUUGCUGUUGACGUUCCUCCUCUGCCAGACACCAUUGAUAAGUCGUUGUAUAUGAACUAA